AGACAUCACCUCAUAUUUCUUCUCGUCGGCUGGCCUCUUUGAUGCCUCUGCUUCGCUUUCUCUCCGGAGCCAUGCAUCCCCAGCGUCCUCUUCCUCAGGCCAUGCCCUCCUCCUCUCUGGGACAGAAUCUGCGGGACAUGGCCAUGGGUCUGGGAAGAGGCAAGAACUUAUUGGGAGGAAACGUUGCCUACGGUUUUAUCCAGUCGGUUAAGGAGUGCCUCUAUUUCCUGCUCUGCUGCUGGUGCAUCAAAGAGAUCCUGGACUAAGAGACUGGAUCAAGUGGUUGAACAUUGAUUUUCACUUUUUUCCGACGGCUCCUUGAGUGUUAUUUCAACCAACUUCUAUUUCAUUGAGAAUGGAGUGUUUGAUCAGCAGUUCUGGCAAAUCAUUGGCAAGUAUGAGUUUUUUCUCAUAUGACA